AUGAACUCAUCAGAGAUUCUUCGGAUUGACCCUAAAGACCGAGUCAGUUUAUCGGUUAGGGAUUUAACAGUAUCUGUCAAAAACCAACAGAAGAGAAGACAAAACGAUAAUGAAAAAUCAGAAAAAGCAACCAAGAUCCUCAAUGGUAUUUCGUUCGACUUGCAAGCUGGAGAAAUGCUUGCAAUCGUGGGUGGUUCUGGAAGUGGUAAAACCACCUUAUUGAAUACUCUUUCCCAAAGAUUAAAUCAACAUAACAAGAAACUUGCAUUUGCAGGUUCGAUUGAUUAUAUUUCAAAUAAUGACGAUAAGGAAAUGAAGCUUAGAAACUCAUACAUGCAACAAACUGAUGUUUUUUUGCCCGGUAUAACUGUUUAUGAAACAUUAAAGUAUCAAGCAGAUUUAAGACUCCCUCCAACUGCAUCAGAGUUUGAGAAGGCCAGUUUGAUUGACUCCUUGCUUAAUGUAUUGGGAUUGGAUCACCGCCAAGAUGAUCUUGUGAUGUCUUUCACCGGUACGAUUAACUUAUCAGGUGGUGAGCAAAGAAGACUAAGUCUUGCUAUCCAAUUACUCAAUAAACCAUCGUGUCUUUUUUUGGACGAACCAACCACUGGUCUUGAUACUUCCACUUCAUUAAAGCUAGUUCAAACCUUGAAAACUUUAGCAAGUUUUGACUACGGGAUCACUGUUAUUUUAUCAAUUCAUCAACCAAGACCUGAAAUUGCAUUACUUUUCGAUAAAAUUUGUUUAUUAACUAGAGGUGGUAGAUUGGUUUACUAUGGGGAUUUAACGAACUCUUAUGAUUACUUUAAAGCCGUUUCUAAAACUUCAAAUGAAAAUACUCCUUCCAAUGUAGUUGACUAUAUCAUGAGUUUAUCAGUUAAAGAUACUUCGACAAAAGAAAAAGAAAUAGAAUCAUCACAAAAAAUUGACUAUUUAGUUAAAAAUUGGAAGGCCUACUCAAAUUUACCUUCCCCUGAAUUAAACGAAAAGGAAACUUACCAUAAAUUUGAAUCAAAUAUUAAAAGAUUUCAACGGCCCAAAACUGAACGCAUUUCCUUUUUCAAUGAAACUUGUAUUCUUACUAAAAGAACCUUUCUUACUACUCGUCGUGAUACUUCUUCCUUAAUUGCGUUCAAUGGUGGUUCUCUUUUAUUAGCCGUAGCCUUUGGAUGGAUGUUUUAUAAACCAACUCCUGAUUUGGCGGGUAUAAGAUCAAUCACCUCCUGUCUUUAUUCCAUGCUUGAAAUUGUUGGUUUUAGUCCCAUGUUUAUUGAAAUUGAAAGAUUAUGGGUCUAUGAAGGUACUUUUUUCCUAAGAGAAUACCGUGAAAGAUUUGUUAGCAUUCCUGGUUUUAUCAUUUCAAGAAGAUUGGCAAAAUUGUUUUUGGAAGAUUUACCAAUGUCUCUUAUAUUUGGGGUAAUUACUUACUUUAUGUGGGGGUUAAGAAUGUCAGAAUAUGAAGGUGGCCCAACUGAUAGUAAUUAUUUUGGUAUUUACAUAUUGGUUUGUAUUCUUACUAUCCUUAUUUGUAUGAGUAGUGCUAUGGCUGCUUUUGCUUUGGCACCCAAUUAUUCAAUCACUAUGGUUCUUUCUAACAUUCUUUAUCAAGUGCAAAAUAGUGCUUGUGGUUAUUUUGUUAAUGCAGCUACAAUGCCGGUUUAUGUUCGUUGGACGAAGUAUCUUGCAUAUUUCUGGUAUGCCUUUGGUGCUUUGACUGCAAAUCAAUACACAAAUUGGAUGGGUGACUGUCCCUAUGAUAAAAAUAGUGAAGCUUGUGUACAAUAUUCUGGUAAAUUCCAAUUAGAUACUUUGGGGUUCCCUCAAGGCUGGAUUGGUGAGCCAAUUGGUAUUUUAGUUGCUUGGUUCAUUGGAUUUAAUUUGUUUUCCGCUAUUGGAUUUAAUUUCAAAAGCUAUGAUGUCGAAGUUGCUAAAACCAAGUCAAAUAAAAUUGGUGGUGAAGAAGAUGAAGACGAAAAAUCUGGUGAAGAAUCAAUUAAUGAUGAAUCUGCCAAAUUACCAGACUCGGUCCCAACUAAUGAUUUUACUCAAAAUAACAUUAACAAUGAUGACAUCAAUAUUGAUAUUCACAAUAUCCAACUUUCUGUCAAGGUUAAAGCUGAUAAAUCCUUAUUCAAUUUUAAAAAGACUGAUCGUAUCUUAUUAGAUGAUGUAUCUGCCGUUUUCAAAGCUAAUGAAGUUAAUGCUAUCAUGGGUCCAUCAGGAUCGGGUAAGACUACCUUAUUAAGUUUUUUAGCAUCAAGAUUAACAAAGGCAUCAUCAUUUGCAUCAAGUGGAACUCUUAAAUUAAAUAACAAUCAAAUAGUUAAACCACUGAAGUUGUCUAAAAUAGCUGGAUUCGUCACCCAAUCAGACAGCUAUUUAAUUCCUCAUUUAACGGUUAGGGAGACCUUAUAUUAUCAGGCUAAAUUAAGACUCCCAUUAUCCGAGCAUGCUACCAUCCCAAAAUAUAUUAAUAAGGUGAUUAGAGAUACUGGAUUAAUUGAUUGCGCUGAAACAUUAAUCGGUAAUGAAUACGUGAAAGGUAUUUCUGGAGGAGAGAAAAGAAGAGUUUCAAUUGCAAUUCAAUUAUUAAGUAAGCCAAAGAUUUUGUUUCUAGAUGAACCAACAUCUGGAUUAGAUUCUACGACUGCAUCUUCCAUUUUAAUGCUAUUGGGUGAAUUGGCUAAAUCAAACAAAACAACCGUCAUUUGUACAAUCCACCAACCAAGCGAAGAAAUUUAUUCAAAUUUUGGUAACUUAUUAUUGUUGGCUAGGGGUGGUAGAGUUGCUUAUGAUGGACCUGCUGAUAAAGCAAAAUCACAUUUUGAAAAUAUAGGAUAUGGAGUUCCAAAUAACGAGGUUAAUAUUGCUGAUCAUAUCUUAGAUAUAGUAACUAUUAGUAUAGACGAAGAACAGGAUGCUAGUGAGCAAAGAAUCAAUAAUAUAUUAAGCCAAUGGAAAUCAAAAGAAAAAUCAGAUCCAAUGUUAAUACAACAGGAAGAUCCAAACACAUUUAUUGAUUUACAAAAAUAUCAUCAUGUUAAAUUACCUUUCUGGCUUACGUUUUCGACAAUUGCUAAAAGAUCAUCGGUGAAUUCAAUUAGAGCUUUCGAUGUUGUAUUUUCAAGAGCUGGUCAAACCAUAUUCCUUGGUAUAAUCCAAGCAUUAUAUUUUGCUCCAUUAAAAAAUUCUAAUGAAGGUAUCAGUAAUAGAUUGGGUUUAACUCAAGAAGUUUUGAACUUAUAUUUUAUUGGUUUUAUUAAUAACAUGACACUUUAUCCAACUGAAAGAGCUAUUCUCUAUCAUGAAUACAAAGACAAUAUUUAUGGGGUGUUGGAAUUCAGUGGAUCAUACCUCAUUAAUGAGGCCCCAGUUGAAAUAGCCACUUGUUUGAUUUUUGCAGCCUUUAUUGUUUUCGUUGUUGGUUUACCAAGAACUGCAGCCAUGUAUUUCACCUCAUUCGUAAGUUCCUUUGCAGCUAUUAAUAUCGGUGAAUCUUUAAGUAUGAUGAUUAAUUCAAUCUUUAAUCAUUUGGGACUUGCAUCUAACUUGAUUUUGAAUUGUAUUUUGCUUGCUAUUUUUAUGGGGGGUACUAUGUCACUUCAAAUGCCACCAUUCUUCCAAGGAUGGAACUGGCUUAAUCCAAUGAAAUAUGCGGUUGGUGUUUGUUCUAAAUUAGGAUUCGAGGGUCAAAAAUUUUCCUGUGGUCAUGGUUUAAGUACUUGUACUUUAGAUUCAGGUGAUGCUGUUUUACGGUAUUAUAAACUUGACGUUAACUUUGGAGCAUACAUGGGAGGCUUGAUUGCUUGUUUAGUUAUUUACCGUGUUAUUGCCAUUACAUCAAUCUACAUUAGGGUAAAAUGGUAUCUUUAA